AUGGGAAAGAAUUUCCUUAUUACCGGUGCUGGACGAGGCAUCGGCCGCGGAUUGUCCCGACUGUUGUUACAAAAGGGCCAUCGCGUGUUCCUCGUGGACAUCAACAAGGCAGAACUCGAACACACAAGCCAUCUAUUGUCUCAAACAUAUUCUUCCAGCCAAUAUGGUCAGGCCGUAUGCGAUUUGACCCAGCCUGACGAAAUAUCGUCUACUAUUGAAAGGGCUGGGAAAUUCUUCAAUGGUCUUCUUGAUGUCCUCAUAAACAAUGCUGCUUAUACUGGAGGAGUCGGAAACGCCCCCUUUGCGGAACUGAGUCUUGAUACAUGGAAUAAAAGCAUUCAGACGAAUUUGACUGGCUCCAUGCUGAUGAGUCAAGGAUGUCUGUUCUUGUUGAAAAAAUCAAAUGAUCGCCAACGCGGCGGGUCCAUAAUUCACAUCUCUUCGACUCGUGCACAUCAAUCUGAGCCGAAUUCUGAAGGAUACGCUGCCACCAAGGCUGGUCUCAUCGGUCUGACACACUCUAUGGCAUCGAGCCUUGCGGAAUAUGACAUUUCUGUUAAUGCAAUUUUACCUGGGUGGGUUAAUGUUGCAAACGAAUGCAAAGAGGCGGACGAAAACGGCGCCAAGUGGGAGGAUGGUCUCUCUGAGGAAGACCAUCGAUGGCAUUUCUCCGGCCGAGUUGGCAAGGUCGAGGAUAUCUUACUUGCUGUUGAAUAUCUCGCCGAUGCAGAAUUUGUCACCGGGACGGAAAUGGUGGUUGAUGGGGGAGUUACGAAAAGAAUGGUAUAUCCGGAAGAAUAG